AUGGACGAGUCCGUUUUGCUGGAUUUGCUGGAGUGCCCCGUUUGUCUGGAGCGUCUGGAUGCCUCGGCGAAGGUCCUUCCCUGUCAGCACACCUUCUGCCGCAGAUGUCUCCAAGGCAUCCUUGGCUCGCGCGGGGAGCUGCGCUGCCCGGAGUGCCGCACUCUGGUGGAGUGUGCCGUGGACGAGCUCCCGAGCAACAUCCUCCUCGUGCGCCUUUUGGAUGGCAUCAAGCAGAGGCCCAGGAGGGCAGGCUCCGGGACUGGAGUCUGCACAAAUGGCACUUCCGGAGCCGUGGCCAGAGUACAUGGAAGUGGGGCGAGGGACCAGGUCACCCCGGGAGCACAACCCCAGCGAGCUCAAGCUAAGAGCACCAUUGUCCGGGGUGUACCACAGCUCCCUUGUGCCAAGGCGCUUUACAACUAUGAUGGCAAGGAACCAGGAGACCUCAAAUUCACCAAGGGUGACAUCAUCAUCUUGCGUCGGCAAGUGGAUGAAAACUGGUACCACGGGGAAAUGGGGGGAGUCCACGGGUUUUUCCCCACCAACUUCGUCCAGGUCAUCAAGCCAUUGCCGCAACCUCCGCCUCAAUGCAAAGCCCUCUAUGACUUUGAGCUCAAAGACAAAGAGGCUGACAAAGACUGCCUGCCCUUCUCUAAGGACGACAUCCUGACAGUGAUCCGAAGAGUAGAUGAAAACUGGGCAGAGGGAAUGCUGGGAGACAAAAUUGGAAUAUUUCCUAUCUCGUAUGUGGAGUUUAACUCGGCAGCACGUCAGCUUAUCGAGUUGGACAAGCCUUCGGACUCCAGUGGAGACUCUGGCGAGGGGGCCUCUCCGGGGCUCCAGAGCAACGGUGCCCGGGCUGGGGAGAAGAAGAACAGCAAGAAACGACAUUCCUUCACAUCUCUCACGAUGUCCCACAAACCCAUGUUAGCUCCUCCACCCCAGCGCCACUCCAUGGAGAUUAGCGGGCCAGUCCUCAUUAGCUCCAGCAAUCCCACAGCAGCUGCCCGAAUUGGAGAGAUCAGUGGGGGGCUUUCCUGCAGUGCACCUUCACAGGUACAUAUUUGCACAACUGGACUUAUUGUAACCCCACCCCCCAGUAGUCCUGUUACUACUGCCACAGUCUUCACAUUUCCCUCAGAAACCAGCUACACAUCCAUCACUUUGGAUGCUCUCCCUCCACCCCCGCCUCCUCCGCCACAGUCCUCUGUUAGCGGAGCGGCGUAUUCCCUCGCCGCCGGACAGAGACCCUCCCCCAGCAUAAGCGACCAAAGUAGCAGACAAAGACCCACAGUCUAUGUGGCGAUGUUCCCGUACACUCCUCGCAAAGAGGAUGAGCUGGAGCUCAGGAAGGGCGAGAUGUUCCUGGUGCUGGAGCGCUGUCAGGACGGCUGGUUCAAGGGCACCUCCAUGCACACCGGCAAGAUUGGAGUCUUUCCGGGGAACUACAUGAGCCCAGUCAGCAGGACAGUGUCUGGGAGCUCCCAGCCCAAAGUGCCCAUGAGUCUUUGCACUCAGGCUGGCAGAGGAGUCACCAUUGUGAGCCCUUCCUCUGCUCCCCUGGGGACCAUUGUCCCGGGGCCCGACUUCAACAAACCCCUCACCGUGUGCUCCAGUGCCCUCCCAGCCAGCUCCCAGCCCGUGGCCGUGGUGGCCACCGCUCAGACGGCCACGGGCCAGCAGCCAAAGGUCCCGCUGCACGUCAGCUCCCAGAUGACCGUCAAUCAGGCUCGCAACGCAGUCAGAACAGCAGCGUGUCACAGUCAGGACCGGCCCACGGCGGCGGUGACCCCCAUCCAGUCCGCCACCGCCGUGGCCUAUCUGCCACACCUGGCCGUGUGCCCGCCGCCCUCUGCCAGCCCCGCCCAGGGCUGCGCCCGGGUGGGAGUGGCAAUGAGCUGCGCCGCCGUCUCCCUGACUCCACCCAAUGUGAGCGCCGCCUCUCUGGAGGGUGAAGUCCUCAGACCCGUGCCUGUCCUCGCCGUGCCGGUCGGCAACGCCGCCCUCAGCUCCUCAUCCGGCAACGCAAUGCUGGCCUGCAGACUGGACAAGGAUGGCAAGAGAGAGAAGAAGAGCCUUCUGAAGCUGUUGUCCUCCAAUAAGAAGAGGUCUCGUCCCUCGCCCCCCCCCUCUCCCACCCUGGAGUCGGAACAGUCUGCUGCAGCUGCAGAGGUGCUGCACGGGGCCGUGGGCCCUGACAGCUCCCCCCCCUCUGGCUCAGCCAGCUGCCUCGAGCCCGAACAUGCUGCUGCUGCUUCAUCAUCUUCCUCCUCCUCCUCGGUACCGGAGUCCUCGCAUCGGAAGAACAGCCCCCUUGACGGAUGCGCCCCCAUAGCCCCUCCUCCUCGCCAGCCCUGCUCCUCUCUUGUAUCUCAGCAGCACGACGCCCGUCCCAUCAUAUGCGAGAGGUACAGGGUGGUGGUGUCGUACCCCCCGCAGAGCGAGGCCGAGCUGGAGCUUAAAGAGGGCGACAUCGUGUUCGUCCACAGAAAGCGUGAGGACGGCUGGUUCAAAGGCACGCUGCAGAGGAACGGCAGGACGGGGCUGUUCCCCGGCAGCUUCGUCGACAGCAUUUAA